CUCAAUCACAACCAAACAUUCAUGUGAGGUAUCUAAGCACCACGGGUGUAGAGUUCAGCGGCGACUCUGCUUGACCAACAAAAAAAUCCACGGAAAACUUGCGAUAUCGACGCGGUACACGGUCAUCGGCCAACAUGCGAACGUUACGAAACGCUUGUGUAGAUUUUCCGAGGUUUACAGCAACCGCUGCCAAUGAUUUCCGCUAUUAAAUGAACCAACGCUACGGAGAUGAGAGCACGACUCAUACGCCAAGAACAGAAAAGGCCAGGGCUCAAGGAUCGCCAGCGGCCAAAAGCUAGUUUACACCUCGAGUAUUCGCGAAUUUGCUCGGUGUUAAGCACAUUCGUCUAGCCAAGUCCACCUUGCAAAGACGUAGCUCUUGCUCAGCUCGCUUAUCUCGACAAUGAACGCUUCCAACGCUCAAGUCGGAGCUCUGUCGACCGACACGCACACCGAAGUGAACGACGAACAAUUGCGACAGUCGGUGGACUUGAUCGAGGUCGACUCUGAUACCUGGUCGUCGUAUACGGACGACGAGUCCUCCCCGCGAGGACAGACAAGUCCGAACGGCAUGGGCACAGGUGUGUGGAGUAGAGAGGAGCACACCAAAUUCCUCGAGGCGAUCAAGGUCUACACCAACGGCCCGUGGAAACUCGUCGCCGCGUAUGUGGGUACACGCACCGUCCGGCAAACGAUGACCCAUGCGCAGAAGUACCGUCAAAAGGCUGCACGUCGUCUGCGCGGCCUGCGCACUAAGCAGGCGCUCAUGCGUAUGCACUUCGGACAUUAUGUGAGUGAAGAAACCUUAGUGCAGGAGCGUCUUCGGUCCAUGGGAGCGGCAAAAAACAACAUCUGCCAUCACCUCGCGUGUGAGCCGAUUCCGGUCGACCAUUCUUCGCCAAGGAAUAGCAGUCUUCUAGCUACUGAGACCUUGCCGUCGGGCAAUCACAACACCAUAGAAUCAGCAUCACCGGAGGAAUUAGCGUGUCUGGAUGCAACCAUGCUGGAUAUGAAGGAGAUCGACCUCCUUGAGGACCUCACAACCAUCCCGACACUUGAGGAAUGCGCCACAGAGCUACUUCAACUACUAUUUUAACAUUUAGUGUCACGUAAAACAUGAUUCGCAACUGAAUCAAGUAUGUAUGAAUUCAUCAAAGGUAGGAUAAGUCCAACCGCGGUAUUCGAGAUGUUAAUUUAAAAGAAUUGAAUACAAAGCCUAAUAAGGACGAUAGAUAAAAA